GGAAACACUUCUUCCCAAACACGUUGCUUUGUAUAUCAUCUUGCUUUCUUCUUCGCUGAGCACGCGCGCCACCAGCUCUCCUCCAGAAAGUAUGCAUUCAGCGGUGACGCGCUGCUCUCACGUCAAGUGUUUCCUGUGGGAGGGGCAUCUUGCUCUGCAGUGCUACGCACCUUUUUCUUGAGAUGAAACUCACCGUGGGCCGUUGUCUCUAACCAAGUUUUCAUUGUGAUGAUUUGCGUAUCUCCUCCACCCCCUUUUUUCCCGAUUAGUUCUUUUUCUUUUGCGUCUCUUUUUUGUAUGUUUCUCACUGCAUAGGUCGACGCCACACUUCAAUUCAUUUUAUACAGCGACUUCUUUGUAUCUGAAACGCGUAAUACCUUUUCUGAGCUGUUGUUCUCAAUGUGCUCUGAACUUUAGGUUUUAACUAUUGCUCUCCGACUUACCCUUUGUAGCGCGACGCGACGACACUGCUGCGGUGCGUUGAACCGCAUUCAUUCAAAUUUGUAACGAAGGACGCGACGUAAAACAAACGAGACCUACAACCGGGAGCACCUCGGGAGCCGUAUUCCUUUUUUCUCCUUUUCUUUCACUCGUCAAUGGAUGCGAGAACAUUGAAACGGGUAAAGGAAGAGCAUCUCACAGAGUUAAAGCCGAGAACAAGAAGAAAAAGGGCUCUUCUCUCGACUUUUACGUGCAUUGCGGCUUCAGUGGUCGAAAAGAGGGAGGCUACUGCACCGGAACUGCGUUUUUGCUUCCUUUCGCCGGAUGCCCUUGCGUGUCUCUGGAAAGAAUCGCCAAACGGAAAUAAUGAUUCAAAAAGUGCCUUCUCCUCACUACACGAUGGAUUUUACACGUCAACGUUCCGUCAUAUAUGUAUGUGUUUGUGUAGGUGUGCGCGAAGGGUGAACAGAGAUUAAUGGAUCAUUCACAGGCGAGCAAUACAGACAUGAAAAGUUAAAGGGCUGACGAAACGUUGCAGCAGCACCCUUUUUUGCUUGUUGGCGUUUCUUCUUUUUCACACUUCUCUCCCCCUUCAUCACAAAGGCAGCAGGAAGCACCUGUGAAAUGCAGAUAUCAUUUUGAUCAUUCAGCCUCGUUCUCUUUUCUAUACAGAUUACAGAGUUCAACCUCUUUUGUUUAUAUAUAUAACAGCAGAACACAAAAGAUAUGUGACCAACGCAGUGGAGCUUGCUUUUCAACGCCAUCAAAUAGCUGACCGACGGUGGUAUGUGAGUUCCUGUGUCGCCAUUUCAGGCUGUCAAAUGCACAAUUGGUUGUCGAGUUGCCGGGGUUUUUUUUUUCUUGCUCUUUUAGUUUUGACUGGUUAAUAUUACUCCCUAAUAGCGGUCUUGAUUUUUAUUCCACAAAACUAAACGAAAUAGUUUUCCCUUUGUCUCUUUAAGUAGAUUAUAGUGUUCCUUUGUUGCCUUUCUCUUCUUUUCGUUGUAUGCGCUAGCAGUACCAAGACGUUCAUUGAAAAGAUACGCGCCUUUUUUUCCUUUGGCUCUGAAGAGCUCCUCCUCGUUUUCUGGCGCAUCAUUAGUAGCAGACUGUCGUACGAUCGGCAAACGCCGCAGGGCACAUUUUCAUGGGUCCUCAUUUAAUAUCACCUGCAUUGGUUUGCUUGUCGAUAUUUCAUCGAUGCACAUUUCUUUCUUGAAGGUGUCGUAACUCAUACGCCUCUUUUGAUUUGAGAGAAAAAGAGCUAUAGUUAAAUGUAAUACUCCUUUCUUGUUUGAAAAUGCGCUUUUUAUAAUUCUAAUACGCGUAUUUUGUUUUCACUGUUCGAUUUUCACUUCUCCGUUUUCCUUUUUUACUUUUCUCCUUCUGUUUUAUUAUCACGCUUACGGGUUGGUCAAUCGAGAUGAGGAUGAAGAACCAUCUUUUGAGCUUUGAGUGCAAACAGGUCUCUGCUGCGGUUCAGAAAAGCAGUCGCGCGAAGAUGAGAGAUCACUUCACUUUUUGGUUUCCUAUUUUUUUGUAGUUUCACCUUCUAUCUACCUUUUUAAUUGAGUUUGGAUGUGAAAGGAAGUAUCUAUUUUUUUUACUUAAUUUGUGUGCGUGGUCCGUUCCUUUAUUGCUUAUUUGAGAAGACGUUUGAUGGCUUUUGCGCACUAACGUGUCAGCGCUCAGCACAUCGUCCAAUACGUGAUGCGUGCUGAAGAAAUAAUACAACGGGUGUGUCUAUAUUUAUAUAGUACGACUCAAGUCCACAAGGGAAGGUAUUAACAAAAAGAGAGGAAAAAAUGGAGAGAGGCUGCAGUUUACGAGCGACUAUGGUCUCUGCCACUUUGGCGGCAACGCGCGAAGACGCACUGUGGGCAGCGUCCGCCGAGAUACCGUGUCUUGAGAGAAGAAAAUACGUGAAUGCUUUUCUUUUCUUGUGGCACGGUGCGAAGCCUAAUACUUCCUGUUGCGGAAGGGUGUUUGUUUCGUAAACAAACCUCGUUGGAACCUCUUUCACCUCGCGCGGCAUAGCAACAACAACAGGAAAAGAGCCGUUGCGUAUACUUUUUUCUCCACUCUCCAUCGAAUGAUACUUUUGUUGUCAUGCAGCUGAUUAGCUCCGUGGGAAGGUUGUGUAACUUCCAAAGAGGAACACCUUGUUGAUUCCUGUUCAACAGUGCAGAUGCUUGCGAGGCAAGUAAAGCCGACACAACCCGUACACUCCUCAUAAAUAACCUGGUCAACGGAAGUAACUCAUCGAAUUCACAUGCAAACACAUAAACACAUGUCACUAGCGCUCUACCCAAAGGAGCAAUCAAAGUUCAGCGACAACACUGCUAAAGCGAAGUUUUUAUUUGUGCUUUGGGCAUCGAAUCAAUAGCCGCACGUCAAGCGCAAUCAUGCUAAGAAAAUCUUUCAGGUAUUUCUCCCGACGGCUGUCGUCUGGAGUGACGAAGAACACACUCAACCCCCUCGAGGCACUCACCCAAAUUCAGCUUGGCAUAACGCCGCCUCUCGCUGUGCAGCGCGGCUUUUUACUCGACCACUACGCACCGCAGCUGGAAAGUCGUGGUGUGACGGAGGCCAAGCUACUUGCCAUGGAUGGGCGGCUUUGCGCUCAGCUCAUGAAGCAGCUUGUUUACGAGCGAUACCUAUCGGUCCCGUUCCGUGUGUUUAGCUUCGACAUGGAGUUUACGGGCCCACCGGUGUUCACUUCAGAUGGUCCAACGGAGGACAUCACGGAGGUGGGUCUGUAUUCGCCGCUGCUCAACGAAACGUUUUCUUGUCUGGUGCAGCCCGCGUGCGGCCGUAAGCAGGGUCCCGGGGUGGAGGAGCUGACGCACAUCUCGGACGAAAUGCUCGCAAAGGAAGGAAUUCCGUUUGUCGAGGCGUGGGAGCGCUUUCUGAACUUUGUCCAGACGCCGCAGCCAGAUGAGCUUCCCGGCUCUGAGGAGCGCAUCCUGCUGCUCUCUCACGGCGGCAAGCUCGCCGAUGUCUCCCUCAUAAAGUGGACACUCGAGAAAUUUGGGCUUGAGCUUCCUUCGUCGUUUGUCUUUGGUGACACCAUCCAUCUAAUCCGCGACGCGCACCGUCGCCGCCCUGUCACGGUGGACAAGCACCCGCCUUCGUGGAAGCUAGGAGAUUUGGUGCAGUGGCUCCACAUACCCCCGACGCUGCCGGCGCAUCGCGCUGGCAACGACGCGUGCAUGACGUGGGACGCCCUCUACCACACGCUGCUGCGCUACGGCGACGAUGAGAUGACGCCGCGCGAGCAGCUUAUCCCGCGCUUCUUCGACGAGGAGGCAAAACGGCGGAUGCGAGAGUCAAUUUAUCGUCACAAGCAGGAGACGGAUCCGUUGAUGGGAGAUGACACUUUUCUUUUAGCAGACGCUGCGAUGGACGCUUCGCCGACGACUACUGUUGCCGCGGGGGAGGCGGGUGAAGCGGGUGAGAGAGGGGAGGAGCAGGCGGCGCUGGGUCACGGUCGGGGUGAGAAGGUCAAGAACCCCGCCACACCUGAUUUAAUGGACCUUGAUUUUGACGACAUCUUCAAAGAACAGAACGCUGUGAAAAGUGGCAGCGCUGCCGCCAUCGAGGAGUUCAAGUUGGAUGACGACGUGCUCGCUACGGAAAGGACCACAGUUAAGUAUGAAAGCCAGGAUGAUGCGCUUGAAGAAGAUUCAUUUUUUGAGGCAGAAGAGUAUUCCACCCAGUCGCAGCGAGGGACACGAAGAAAACAACCGAAGAGGAGCCUCAAAAGCAAGACAGCCAACAGUUCGAACGAGACAAAAGACAGCAGCACCGACGAAGUCUUUCUUGUUUGA